AUGUCUGCCAACGAGAACAUCUCCCGAUUCGACGCCCCUGUGGGCAAGGAGCACCCCGCCUACGAGCUCUUCCAUAACCACACACGAUCUUUCGUCUAUGGUCUCCAGCCUCGAGCCUGCCAGGGUAUGCUGGACUUCGACUUCAUCUGUAAGCGAGAGAACCCCUCCGUGGCCGGUGUCAUCUAUCCCUUCGGCGGCCAGUUCGUCACCAAGAUGUACUGGGGCACCAAGGAGACUCUUCUCCCUGUCUACCAGCAGGUCGAGAAGGCCGCUGCCAAGCACCCCGAGGUCGAUGUCGUGGUCAACUUUGCCUCCUCUCGAUCCGUCUACUCCUCUACCAUGGAGCUGCUCGAGUACCCCCAGUUCCGAACCAUCGCCAUUAUUGCCGAGGGUGUCCCCGAGCGACGAGCCCGAGAGAUCCUCCACAAGGCCCAGAAGAAGGGUGUGACCAUCAUUGGUCCCGCUACCGUCGGAGGUAUCAAGCCCGGUUGCUUCAAGGUUGGAAACACCGGAGGUAUGAUGGACAACAUUGUCGCCUCCAAGCUCUACCGACCCGGCUCCGUUGCCUACGUCUCCAAGUCCGGAGGAAUGUCCAACGAGCUGAACAACAUUAUCUCUCACACCACCGACGGUGUCUACGAGGGUAUUGCUAUUGGUGGUGACCGAUACCCUGGUACUACCUUCAUUGACCAUAUCCUGCGAUACGAGGCCGACCCCAAGUGUAAGAUCAUCGUCCUCCUUGGUGAGGUUGGUGGUGUUGAGGAGUACCGAGUCAUCGAGGCUGUUAAGAACGGCCAGAUCAAGAAGCCCAUCGUCGCUUGGGCCAUUGGUACUUGUGCCUCCAUGUUCAAGACUGAGGUUCAGUUCGGCCACGCCGGCUCCAUGGCCAACUCCGACCUGGAGACUGCCAAGGCUAAGAACGCCGCCAUGAAGUCUGCUGGCUUCUACGUCCCCGAUACCUUCGAGGACAUGCCCGAGGUCCUUGCCGAGCUCUACGAGAAGAUGGUCGCCAAGGGCGAGCUGUCUCGAAUCUCUGAGCCUGAGGUCCCCAAGAUCCCCAUUGACUACUCUUGGGCCCAGGAGCUUGGUCUUAUCCGAAAGCCCGCUGCUUUCAUCUCCACUAUUUCCGAUGACCGAGGCCAGGAGCUUCUGUACGCUGGCAUGCCCAUUUCCGAGGUUUUCAAGGAGGACAUUGGUAUCGGCGGUGUCAUGUCUCUGCUGUGGUUCCGACGACGACUCCCCGACUACGCCUCCAAGUUUCUUGAGAUGGUUCUCAUGCUUACUGCUGACCACGGUCCCGCCGUAUCCGGUGCCAUGAACACCAUUAUCACCACCCGAGCUGGUAAGGAUCUCAUUUCUUCCCUGGUUGCUGGUCUCCUGACCAUUGGUACCCGAUUCGGAGGUGCUCUUGACGGUGCUGCCACCGAGUUCACCACUGCCUACGACAAGGGUCUGUCCCCCCGACAGUUCGUUGAUACCAUGCGAAAGCAGAACAAGCUGAUUCCUGGUAUUGGCCAUCGAGUCAAGUCUCGAAACAACCCCGAUUUCCGAGUCGAGCUUGUCAAGGACUUUGUUAAGAAGAACUUCCCCUCCACCCAGCUGCUCGACUACGCCCUUGCUGUCGAGGAGGUCACCACCUCCAAGAAGGACAACCUGAUUCUGAACGUUGACGGUGCUAUUGCUGUUUCUUUUGUCGAUCUCAUGCGAUCUUGCGGUGCCUUUACUGUGGAGGAGACUGAGGACUACCUCAAGAACGGUGUUCUCAACGGUCUGUUCGUUCUCGGUCGAUCCAUUGGUCUCAUUGCCCACCAUCUCGAUCAGAAGCGACUCAAGACCGGUCUGUACCGACAUCCUUGGGACGAUAUCACCUACCUGGUUGGCCAGGAGGCUAUCCAGAAGAAGCGAGUCGAGAUCAGCGCCGGCGACGUUUCCAAGGCCAAGACUCGAUCAUAG